AUGUCCUGCUUCAAUGCUAUGGGCUCAUUCCUAUCUCUGACCUCUACGAAUCUUCCUGGCUCAUUGCAUCCCUGCGAGAACGAAUACAACACAAUGGAUGACACCCCCUCAAUGGGCGUCAGCUUGGUCCUGAAUCGCUGCCUAACCAGAAAAGAAAGAAUCCGCAAGGUCAAGUGUGGAGAGGAAAAGCCCAACUGUCUUCGAUGCACCAGCACGGGACGGAAAUGCGAAUACAGCAGUGCCGCUCAAUCCCGGCAGCAUCCAUCUAGCAUUGCCCCCAUCCUCGCAAUCCCACCGUCAGUAUUACCCAACACCGUAUGGCGCGAGCGGCGUGCCUUCGCCUAUUACGCUCAGUAUGCAGCGCCCUUCAUCGCUGGCGGGCUUGACCUCGAUUUCUGGGCCCGCGUGGUCCCCCAGGUCUGUCGCAGUGAGCCUGCCGCCUGGGACGCCAUCAACGCCAUCAGUGCCUUGUUUGAAAGCCCCGAUCCAUGUUUCGAUCCGGUGUGGCUUAGCCGAGGGGACGGGUUUCGGAAUUUGCAUCCCAAUCACCGUGAUGCAUUGCGCUGGUACUCGCGGUCGCUGUCCAGCAUGCGAGCGCGCAUCCAACGAGGCAGCAUCGACGCCAAUGUGGCGCUCAUCAGCUGUAUCCUGUUCAUAUGCAUUGAGUCAUUGCAAGGCCGCGUCGAAGCAGCCCUGCAACUCUAUCAACAAGGGGUGCGUCUGAUCAUGGAGCUUAGGGGUCCGAAUGGCGACAGAACGGUCCUUCGCAUAGACUCCGACCUCCUAGAACACACGAUUGUUCCCUUCUUUAUUCGAUUGGGGACGAUAUCGCUGAGUUUCUCGGGCACCUCUGUUCCUGGCUUACUGACCUGCGCCAAAGACCACAUAGAGCCUGGGUUCUCUUCUCUUCACUCGGCCCGCGCUGCGAUUACCGCCCUCGCUGCUGAGUGUAUGAUAUUUAAGCGUACAGUAGACGAACACUUUACGGUCAUGGGUCAAGAUUCAGCGGUGCCUCAAGAACUCAUGAGUAGAAAAAUGACGAUCCAAGGACAACUCAGCUACUGGUAUCGCGCAUACAACGACCUGGUCAAUUCCUCUGACCCAUCCGAUCUUCCCCUCGGUGUUACUUCUCUCCUUCUCACCUACUAUGCUGCUACAUCUAUCAACAUCGGCACGUGCACGGAGCAGUUGGAGACCGCCUGUGAUGCCUGCCUUCCCUUGUUCCAGCUCCUGGUCGAGCAGUCGCGGGUACAUCUUGAGGCCUCAGCAGGCCCAGAUGGCGCGCAGCCACCCUUCACCUUCGAGAUGGGCGUCGGCCUCUCGCUUUUUUUGACAGCUUUAAAAUGCCGUGACCCGGAGCUGCGCCGAGAAGCUCUUCAUCUGCUACGCAAGGCACCGCCGAUGCAAAACCUUUACAAAUGCCCACCGGUUGCGACCUUUGCCGAACUUGUUAUGAACUUAGAAGAGGCGGACAUUGCACCUGCUGACAGGAUAUCGUACAAUAGAAGUGAACAUAGCGGUGGUAGCACCCAUCAUUCCAACAUCAUUCCUGGCGGGACUUCCAACUUCCAAGUAACUCAGGCGCCAAUCUCCCUCACACGGCUUAUUCCCGAAGCAGCUCGAAUCCACGGCUAUACCGUGUUCCGACCAGGUGACCAGCCCUGGUUAUUAGGCGACCUUGACAUCUCCCGAUGGAAUCGCGGUCCCGAGCAGCUGUACUUGAAGUAUUCGCGAAAUCACUGUGACCCGACGACCGGCCGGUGGCGAAUGAUCGAUGAUAUCGUGCCCAUCGACUAUGAUUGA